UAAAUCACCUAUUGUGGACCGACACUUAAGCCUAUUCUACAAUGCGUCGGGUGUCGUUGUCGUGAGCCAUAAGAAUGGGCCAAUCACAAUCAAAUAUUCUCUCCACAUUCGUCUGUGAUUGACUCGUUUUUACAAUUCACGACUCACAAUAACAUCGACGCAUUGUAGACGAGGCCUUAGCAAAUCGAAAAUAUUAUUAAUCUACAUUGAUAAAAGUGCACAUGAGAGCGUUGCGAACGUUAAAUAGAAUGCGCCUCUCAUGCAUUUUUUUUCCUCCCACCACCUGCUGCGCAAUCGCAAGAUAUGUUUGGCGGGUUUUAUCGUCGGACGCUUCGAACCUGUCGAACCUGUCCUCUCAUAUACGUAAUACACACAAACGGAUAAAUUAAUCAGAGGUUAGUCCUCAACGAGACGUCGAGUGCGACUGAUGAUCGUCGAGAAUCGUCGUAGAUUGGCAAAAUGUCGAAAAUACGACGACUGUCGGUUCGUGGGAUUCGUAAUUUUGGCGAUGACAGCGAGGAUGCGUUGAUUCGCUUUUCCUGCCCGAUGACGCUCAUUCUCGGUCCGAACGGCACGGGGAAAACCACCAUCAUCGAGGCACUAAAAUUCGUGACGACCGGCGAGUUCCCACCAAAUUCCGACAAAGGAAAAUCCUUUAUACAUGAUCCUGCACUGGCGACAACUGGCUCGGUUAGAGGUGUUGUCAAAUGUGAAAUAGUUGAUUCAGCGGGUCAAAUUUUUGUAGUAUCUAGAACAAUCGAAUCAAUAAAAGAUGAGAGAAGAGAGAGAUUUAAAACUCUCGAUAACACUUUAACUACAAUAAACAAAGCUAAGAAAACCAAAACAACAAUAACUAAUCGAUGUGCCGAUAUAUAUGUAGAAGUUGGUGCAGCGUUGGGUGUUUCAAAAUCAAUUCUGAAUUACGUCAUAUUCUGCCAUCAAGAUGAGCUUAACUGGCCAUUUGAUCAAGGGAAAGCAUUGAAAGAGAGAUUUGAUGAGAUAUUUGAUAGUACGAGAUUUAACAAAGCUUUGGAGACUAUCUCGAAAUUGCAAAAAGAACUACAAGCUGAUAUUCGAAGCUUAAACGCAGAGAAACAGAAAUUCAAGGUGCUCGUGUCCGAAGUUGAGGAUAAAGAAAAUAAGCUUAAGGAUCAUAAAAAAAGAUUGGACAGCGUAAAGGAAAAAAUAAAUGAUAUCGAUAAACAACUAGAACCUGUGAAACAGAAAAUCGAAGAAAUGCAACAGUUUAAUUUAGAAUACAAAAAUGUUCAGGCUGAGGAAGAAAAAAAGAAGAUGGAAUACAAUAUACAUAAAGAUCAAUAUGAAAAAUUGAAAGAUACCUUAAAAAAUAUAUUUGAAGGGACAACAGAGGAAUUGAAAGCGCUCGUUGAAUCGUACGACACAACAUUGAGAGAAAAAAAUAUUGAAAUAAAAGAGAAUGAAACCGAGAUAAAAGAUAUCUCCAUGAAGGAAAGUAGGAUCUCAAAUAUCUUAGCGACGCGAAGAGAAACUGUAGGCACAUUAAAACAGCAAGUGAUAGAUUUUGAAUCUAAAAAAAGGCGCCGCAAUCAGUUAUUGAACGAAGCAUUGCAAGUUUGGAAUUUCGAUACAGUGGAAUCAGAUGUAUCUGAGAUAGAGGUGAAGGCUCUUACAAAAAGAUUGGAACAGAAGAUGCGGGAAUUAGAGAAACGGGUAGAGGAAAAUAGAUUGGCCAUGCAGAGUGAAGAGAAAAAAUUACAAGCAGAAGUUGAUAUAUUGCGUAGCAAUUAUUCAAAGAUAGAAUCGAAGAAAGUUUUGAAAGAAAAAGAAAUAACAGAGAUAAGGGAAGAAAUAAAUACAAUUCGAAAUCAAAUAACACAGAUUGGUGCAGCAGGAAACAAAUUAAAGUCUAUCGAACAAAAACUUCAAAUGGCCAAACAAAAAAUUGAUGAACUUAACAACUCAAUGAAUAUUGAUUCUGUAAAAGCCGAUAUUGGAGAAAAAAUAAAAUCCAGAGAUAAGAUUGAAGCAAGUUUAAGUGCGAUUGACGACGAAAUUUCUGCUUUGCAUAAGUUGAGCUCGUUGACGGCGGAAUUUGAAUUAAAAAAGUCGGCAUUACAAACCAAGGAAGAAGAGCUAGAAAGUUUGAAGAAAAAACAUGGAGAUAGCAUCAAAGCAUUGUUAAAUAUUCAAGAAUUGGAACAAACGAAACUAAAGGAUACUUUGGAACGUAUUCAUCAAAAAUUGGAAAAAGAAACAAAUAACUUGACACGAGAGAUUCAAGCACAAGAACGUAAAACUACAGCUUUUGAAACAACAGUACGGCAUAUAGAGUCCGACAUUAAGAAAAAAACGAUGGAAUUAUACAACGAUAAAGAAAAGAUAUCUACAGUCUGCGAUUACAAAGAUUUUGAUGAGACUUUGUUGAUGCAAUCAACGAUAGUAAAAGAUCUUCAGGACAAGAGAGGAAUUUAUGCUUAUCAGGCUACAGCUUAUAAGGAAUAUAUUAAAAAGUUAUCUGUAAAAAAUCCUUGUUGUCCCUUGUGUCAUAGAAAUUUUGAGAAGCAAGAUAAAGUUACAGAUUUAAUAAAAGAGAUGGAAGGUGACAUAAUACGUAAUCAACCUAAUCGUUUAAAAUCAUGCGAGAGGGAACUAGAGAAAGAACAGAAGAAAUAUGAUGAUAUGCUGCAAUUAAAACCCAUUGUCGAAAAAGUUAUUAAAUGUGAAGAGAAUGAUUUGAAAAUAUUAGAGGAGAAACUGCAGAAAACGAAGAAUAGUGUAACACAGUCAAAGAUGAUUAUUAAGAAUUUAGAAGCUUCAAAGGAAAAACCCGAGAAAAAAUUGUUAUUGUAUAAAAAUAUGAUUGGCGAUAUCAAAUUUUGGGAUCGGUGUAUAGAUGAGAUACAGCAAUUGAAGAAGACAGUUAAAAACAUGGAAACUCAAAUGGCCAACGCUGGAGUUAAGACCGAAAGAACUAUAGAGGAAGCGCAGGCACAACGAGAUACUUUAAAAACAUCUCUUAGAGAAAUUCGUAAUAAUAUCGAUGCGUUGCAACUCAAAUUGGGCAAGCAUAAUGAGAGACUGCAAGAUGCUAGAGCUAUGUAUAACGGGUUACAUGAGGAGCAAUUGAAAAUACAUUCUGAUAUGCAGAAAUUGAAACACUUGAAGGACAAGCAAGAGGACUUGUAUACGCGAGAGAUCACCGUGGGAGAGACAGUGGAGAAACUACGGAAGGAUCUGACGGAUGCUGAGACUCAAUUGGAUUCUGGAAUUCAGCGAUUGGAAAAAAUCAAGGCGGAAAACUGGACAAAGCAAGAAUCCGAGAGAAAAUCGAUUACUGAAAAUUCCAGACGCUUAUCCGACUUGCAUAAAAUAUUAAACGAGAUCGAGUCUUUUAUUAGUAGCAAGAUACUGGAGAAACUCGAGAAUUACAAGCAGGAAAUAGAGACUUACGAGAAUUCGCUAAAGGAACUUACGAAUAAGAAAAACGAUAUAGAGCAAGUGAUAAAUAAAUUAAAAGAGGAUGUUGCCUCCCAAGAGAUUGGAAAACGAGAGUUACUCGAUAAUAUGACAUUGCGUAAAAUUAAGGAAACGAUAAUCAUUUUGAAGGAGCAAUACUUACGGAAAGAGGAAUACCGAUUAGCUCGUCGGAAUUAUAAUAACAAAUGCAUUGAAUUAGUAGUUCAAGAAGAUACCAUAGCCAAUCUAAAAGCUUAUAACAAAAUAUUGGAUACCGCAAUGAUUGAAUAUCACGAAGAACGUAUGUCGACGGUUAAUAGAAUAAUGAAAAAGCUGUGGAAGCACAUUUACAAGGGUACGGAUACAAGCAGCAUAGAAAUUUGUACGGAACCUACAGAGGGUGUAGGCAGCAACAGAAGAAGUUACAAUUACAAACUGGUUCAAACUAAACACGGCUGUAAAAUGGAUAUGAGAGGACGUUGCAGUGCUGGACAGAAAGUAUUAGCGUCGAUAAUUAUAAGACUCGCAUUGGCAGAAACAUUUUGCAAGGAUUGUGGUAUUCUCGCUUUGGACGAACCAACGACAAAUCUGGAUGAAGAAAACGCGAACAGCUUAGCCGAUACGCUAACUAAGGUGGUUGAGCUGCGAUCGAGACAUCAAAAAAAUUUCCAGCUGAUUAUAAUCAGCCAUGAUGAAAAAUUCUUACAAAAGCUUGCUGAUUUAAAUAAUCACAAACAAUUCCAUGAGCUUUAUCGCAAACACACUGGAAUGACGGCGGUGAAGAUCUCAGAUUUCAACGAACCCACAAGUUCCUUAUUGCACGUUAAAAGUGAAGAUGAAUCUGAUGAAGAAGAUCAACGUGCCAAUCAAUUUGGACAGUCAACCAGCGGCUUAUCUAAACAGACAUCAAGCAAGAAAAGGUUUAACUGGAAUGACUCCAAUGAAGAUGAGCCGCCACCUAGAAAGAAAUAUCAUUUCGAAUAAUUUAAAAUACACAUUCCAUUUAUAUAUCAAAUAUAUAUGCA